AUGCUCACAACGCCAUUGCCGACUGUGUGGUGUCAUCGAGACGUUCGGAAAUGCUCACAACGCCAUUGCCGACUGUGUGGUGUCAUCGAGACGUUCGGAAAUGCUCACAACGCCAUUGCCGACUGUGUAGCGUCAUCGAUACGUUCGGAAAUGCUCACAACGCCAUUGCCGACUGUGUGGUGUCAUCGAGACGUUCGGAAAUGCUCACAACGCCAUUGCCGACUGUGUAGCGUCAUGGACACGCUCGGCAAUGCUCACAACGCCAUUGCCGACUGUGUGGUGUCAUCGAGACGUUCGGAAAUGCUCACAACGCCAUUGCCGACUUUGUGGUGUCAUCGAGACGUUCGGAAAUGCUCACAACGCCAUUGCCGACUGUGUGGUGUCAUCGAGACGUUCGGAAAUGCUCACAACGCCAUUGCCGACUGUGUGGUGUCAUCGAGACGUUCGGAAAUGCUCACAACGCCAUUGCCGACUGUGUGGUGUCAUCGAGACGUUCGGAAAUGCUCACAACGCCAUUGCCGACUGUGUGGUGUCAUCGAGACGUUCGGAAAUGCUCACAACGCCAUUGCCGACUGUGUGGUGUCAUCGAGACGUUCGGAAAUGCUCACAACGCCAUUGCCGACUGUGUGGUGUCAUCGAGACGUUCGGAAAUGCUCACAACGCCAUUGCCGACUGUGUGGUGUCAUCGAGACGUUCGGAAAUGCUCACAACGCCAUUGCCGACUGUGUGGUGUCAUCGAGACGUUCGGAAAUGCUCACAACGCCAUUGCCGACUGUGUGGUGUCAUCGAGACGUUCGGAAAUGCUCACAACGCCAUUGCCGACUGUGUGGUGUCAUCGAGACGUUCGGAAAUGCUCACAACGCCAUUGCCGACUGUGUGGUGUCAUCGAGACGUUCGGAAAUGCUCACAACGCCAUUGCCGACUGUGUGGUGUCAUCGAGACGUUCGGAAAUGCUCACAACGCCAUUGCCGACUGUGUGGUGUCAUCGAGACGUUCGGAAAUGCUCACAACGCCAUUGCCGACUGUGUGGUGUCAUCGAGACGUUCGGAAAUGCUCACAACGCCAUUGCCGACUGUGUGGUGUCAUCGAGACGUUCGGAAAUGCUCACAACGCCAUUGCCGACUGUGUGGUGUCAUCGAGACGUUCGGAAAUGCUCACAACGCCAUUGCCGACUGUGUGGUGUCAUCGAGACGUUCGGAAAUGCUCACAACGCCAUUGCCGACUGUGUGGUGUCAUCGAGACGUUCGGAAAUGCUCACAACGCCAUUGCCGACUGUGUGGUGUCAUCGAGACGUUCGGAAAUGCUCACAACGCCAUUGCCGACUGUGUGGUGUCAUCGAGACGUUCGGAAAUGCUCACAACGCCAUUGCCGACUGUGUGGUGUCAUCGAGACGUUCGGAAAUGCUCACAACGCCAUUGCCGACUGUGUGGUGUCAUCGAGACGUUCGGAAAUGCUCACAACGCCAUUGCCGACUGUGUGGUGUCAUCGAGACGUUCGGAAAUGCUCACAACGCCAUUGCCGACUGUGUGGUGUCAUCGAGACGUUCGGAAAUGCUCACAACGCCAUUGCCGACUGUGUGGUGUCAUCGAGACGUUCGGAAAUGCUCACAACGCCAUUGCCGACUGUGUGGUGUCAUCGAGACGUUCGGAAAUGCUCACAACGCCAUUGCCGACUGUGUGGUGUCAUCGAGACGUUCGGAAAUGCUCACAACGCCAUUGCCGACUGUGUGGUGUCAUCGAGACGUUCGGAAAUGCUCACAACGCCAUUGCCGACUGUGUGGUGUCAUCGAGACGUUCGGAAAUGCUCACAACGCCAUUGCCGACUGUGUGGUGUCAUCGAGACGUUCGGAAAUGCUCACAACGCCAUUGCCGACUGUGUGGCGUCAUGGACACGCUCGGCAAUGCUCACAACGCCAUUGCCGACUGUGUGGUGUCAUCGAGACGUUCGGAAAUGCUCACAACGCCAUUGCCGACUGUGUGGUGUCAUCGAGACGUUCGGAAAUGCUCACAACGCCAUUGCCGACUGUGUGGUGUCAUCGAGACGUUCGGAAAUGCUCACAACGCCAUUGCCGACUGUGUGGUGUCAUCGAGACGUUCGGAAAUGCUCACAACGCCAUUGCCGACUGUGUGGUGUCAUCGAGACGUUCGGAAAUGCUCACAACGCCAUUGCCGACUGUGUGGUGUCAUCGAGACGUUCGGAAAUGCUCACAACGCCAUUGCCGACUGUGUGGUGUCAUCGAGACGUUCGGAAAUGCUCACAACGCCAUUGCCGACUGUGUGGUGUCAUCGAGACGUUCGGAAAUGCUCACAACGCCAUUGCCGACUGUGUGGUGUCAUCGAGACGUUCGGAAAUGCUCACAACGCCAUUGCCGACUGUGUGGUGUCAUCGAGACGUUCGGAAAUGCUCACAACGCCAUUGCCGACUGUGUGGUGUCAUCGAGACGUUCGGAAAUGCUCACAACGCCAUUGCCGACUGUGUGGUGUCAUCGAGACGUUCGGAAAUGCUCACAACGCCAUUGCCGACUGUGUGGUGUCAUCGAGACGUUCGGAAAUGCUCACAACGCCAUUGCCGACUGUGUGGUGUCAUCGAGACGUUCGGAAAUGCUCACAACGCCAUUGCCGACUGUGUGGUGUCAUCGAGACGUUCGGAAAUGCUCACAACGCCAUUGCCGACUGUGUGGUGUCAUCGAGACGUUCGGAAAUGCUCACAACGCCAUUGCCGACUGUGUGGUGUCAUCGAGACGUUCGGAAAUGCUCACAACGCCAUUGCCGACUGUGUGGUGUCAUCGAGACGUUCGGAAAUGCUCACAACGCCAUUGCCGACUGUGUGGUGUCAUCGAGACGUUCGGAAAUGCUCACAACGCCAUUGCCGACUGUGUGGUGUCAUCGAGACGUUCGGAAAUGCUCACAACGCCAUUGCCGACUGUGUAGCGUCAUGAACACGCUCGGCAAUGCUCACAACGCCAUUGCCGACUGUGUGGUGUCAUCGAGACGUUCGGAAAUGCUCACAACGCCAUUGCCGACUGUGUGGUGUCAUCGAGACGUUCGGAAAUGCUCACAACGCCAUUGCCGACUGUGUGGUGUCAUCGAGACGUUCGGAAAUGCUCACAACGCCAUUGCCGACUGUGUGGUAUCAUCAAGACGUUCGGAAAUGCUCACAACGCCAUUGCCGACUGUGUGGUGUCAUCAAGACUUUCGGAAAUGCUCACAACGCCAUUGCCGACUGUGUGGUGUCAUCGAGACGUUCGGAAAUGCUCACAACGCCAUUGCCGACUGUGUAGCGUCA